AUGGAUCCACCUUUUAGUCAUAUAGACAUUUAUCAUGGGUUCAAGUUUUGUCUUGACUCCUUAGGAAACGACAAUGAUUUCGACCAUGAGGAGACAGAUACAGUCAAAGCCAAACCUUCUUUAGGAGGUAAACCUGGCUGUUUCGACACUGUGGUUGUGAUGGAUACAUCAGAUUGUGAAACUACUGGUCUUAAAGGCACUAGAAUUGGACGCUUGAAGGUCAUUUUCAAAUUACCUUCACAAGUAUAUGGCUCCAUUACUCCUGCUUGGACUAAGGAUCCACUGGCUUAUGUUGAGUGGUAUGCACCUUUAAAGCCUGCUGCUGAAGAUUAUCGUGAAAUGUAUCUUGUCAAGAAAUGUCUAUCUAAUGCAGAUGGGUUUACGCUAGGUCAAGUGAUAUCUCUAUCUUCUAUUAGACAGACAUGUCAACUCAUUCCAAACUUUGGAUGUACAGCUUUACCUAUGGAAUGGACCUCAGAUAGUGUUUUAGAUAGAUGUGAUAUAUUUUUUCUUAAUAGUUUUACUUCCAAAUAUGCAUAUCAAACUUUAUGGUAA